CCAAGUCAUUUACUCCGGAGUACACUGUUAAUUUGUCAAUCAAGUCCGUCGACGAACAUGCAGCCAGUGUCGUCGGUCGCGUUGGCGCUCGCCAUGUUGAGUGUAUGGCUGUUCACGAGCCAGGCCGUGGCCGCUAGCUCCCCACCUCACCCCACUGGACGAAGUGUGGCGGACAACGCUCGACUGGCCAUUGCGUUUGUGCAGAGCCAAAUGGCAUUGUAUCCCAUUCCUGGCAUGGGGCUGUCGGUCGUGUACGAGAAUGAGACGGUGCUUUCUUAUGGGUUUGGCACGAAGGAGUUUGGAAACCCCAACGCGCCCGUGACGUCAGACACGAUGUUUCAGAUUGGGUCGUUCUCCAAGACAUUCAUUGCCAUGGGCAUAGCCAAGUUGGUGGACGAAGGCCGGAUGAACUGGACGGACACGGUCAAGACGCACUUGCCCUGGUUCAAGCUGUACGACAAGUACGCAGAACAGCACACAACGCUGGCCGACUUGCUCGCUAUGAACUCUGUGUUUGGUGACCACGAAGGGGACGUCCCGUUCAUGAUUGGCGUGUUCGAAACCGAGCGGGAAAUGGUCCAACGCCUAGCGGACCUGCCCACCUCCCGCCGCCUCCGCCCCGGGUAUGCUUAUUCGAACGUCAACUACGCCAUUCUGGGCCAAGUCCUGGAAGCAGCGACCAACCAAACGUGGGAAGCGUAUCUGAACCAGACGAUCUGGCAGCCGUUGGGCAUGACGAGCACCGUGGGGCGAGUCGCGAGCCUCCCGACCCAUCAGCUCGCCCAGCUGUCAAGUGGCCAUCUCUUUUGCAAACACCAUGUCGCAGGGCCGUUCAAUUUGGUCAACGACUCGAGCAUUUACAUGACGACCGACAACUCGUACAUUGCCGCGGGCUCGAUCAUCACAUCCAUCGCUGACAUUUCCAAGUUUUCGGCUUUUCUGCUGAGAAAAGGUCGAGGGAUCUUUUCGUCCAACAGUCGCGUCGUGGCCGAUAUGCUCACGGGGCACAGCAUCUCCACGUCCCUAGGAGGCCCCGGAUCGCCCGUGUACAUGUACGACGACGUGCGGGCGCGGUCCGGAAACGUGUGGGGCGUCGGCUACGGCUUCGAUUUGGUCGGCCCCGCGAUGUUUGGCCACAGGUACUUUGACAAGGGCGGCGACACGAUCACGUUCAAGACGCGCAACGGAUGGGUGCCCCAACGGGAAUUGGGGGUCGUGGUCGUGGCCAACGCCCAGCGAAUGGGGGGCGACGCGGCGGCGGGAACAGCGGUGGACCGCGUCGCUGCGUAUGUCCUGGGGUUGUUCAUGAACGAGCCGGUGGAAGGGCUGGAUGCCCGGCUGCAGCGGGCGCUGGACAUCGUGCAUGCGAGGCGAGCGUCAGUGCCGCCGACCCCCGUCUGCGACGUGCAUGUGUUCCAAGGGGUACCGAUGGAAAAGGACGUUGGCAACCAGCCAACAAGUCUCGACGGUGUAAGAGAUGUCGUUGGAACUUAUGUAGCUCCGUUCUACGGUCGUGUGACUGUGACGUGGCAAGACGAGAAGCUCACGAUGCAGUACGGCCAAUACGCUGGACGCCUCCUGGCCACAGAAACCAAAGGCGUGUACACGUGGGCGGCGCGGACGUUCCUGGCAGACGCUCCCGUGGAGUGGUCCUCGACCAAUCACAGCCGCGUGAUUGAGUUUGCAGGAGCGACGUUUGUGUCCGAGUAGAUUGAACAAGUCGUAGCAUGAUGGCACCAGUGUGUUGUGUGUGUGUGGAUGGGUACAAGUCUGAUAGAACUACAUUGCUGGUAAAGCUGUGACAGAGUUGAAUACUAGGUGACGAUAACAAUCUGUUGCGUGCAUGGUAUACAUGCAACUACUAUUGGAACGUCG